AUACCAGGCACGGCGCUGUCGCUCGCGCGGGGUUUCUCCUCUACCACCCAUGCGGCCACCGUCUGGCGUCUGUCAACAGCGAUCAACAGUAUCGGAGCCGUCGACGAGUAGUCUGCUUCGAGGCAGCGCGCAAAACGCGAAUCACUGCCGUGCCGCACGCGCGACAGGUAUACACGACGUAAACCGUGACACCGUCUAACGAUCAUCAUGAAUCGUUCCACUUUGAACGUGAUUCUCCUCAGCGUGGGAUUCAUGCUGGUCUUCACGGCGUUUCAAACGAUGGGCAAUAUAGAGCAAACUAUCCUGGACAGCAUCAAAACGGAUACAAAAGGAGAGUUCAAGGCUGAUGCUUAUAUCAGCCUGGCCAUAAUCUACGCCGUGUUUGCGACCUGCAACUGGUUAGCACCGUCGUACAUCUCGGUGACCGGGCCACGGGUGGCAAUACUCACGGGCGCCUGCUGUUACGUGCUGUUCAUCGCCUCGUUUUUCUAUCCGCACGAAGCCCUGCUGUACACCAUGUCCGUACUCGUCGGGAUCGGCGCCGCCCUGAUAUGGACCGGUCACGGGCAAUAUCUGACAGAGAACAGUGAUAAUGAGACCAUGUCGCGGAACGCCGGUAUGUUCUGGGCGAUUUUCCAGAUGUCGCAGUUCGCCGGCAAUCUGUUUGUCUCCUUAAUCUUUACGAAGCCCAAUAUCAACCAUGAGCAGCGGACGAUCGUAUUUAGCGUGCUAACCAGCGUCGCGGUGAUCGGCAUAGGGGUGCUGCUCGUCCUGAGAAAAACGCCGCAGAAGCUAUCGUUGGGCGAGGCUGAGGGGGUGUCGAACGCCGACAAAGAGCUGCGCCUGCCGGAACCAAAACGCGAAAAACCGCUGGUGACCGCGUGGCGUGCCUUCGUGGAUGCGAUCAAACUCUUUCUCACAUCGAACAUGCUGAUCCUGUCAUUAACGUUCAUCUAUACAGGUCUCGAGCUCACCUUCUACUCCGGUGUGUAUUCCAACAGCAUUGGGUUCGUGAAGAAAAUGGGCGACAAUCGCAAGAGCUUCGUGGGAUACUCCGGCAUCGGCAUCGGCGUCGGCGAGGUCUUAGGCGGCGCGAUCUUUGGUAUCCUCGCGUCCAAGAUAUCCGGCAGGUGCGGCGGCUGGCCGGUGGUGAUCACCGGUCUGGUAGUGCAUCUGUUCGCCUUCGUCAGCAUCUUCCUGAAUCUGCCAAACGACGCCCCGUGGGGGGACACGGACAAUGUAGGCUUCAUCGAGCCCUCGCCGCCCCUCGCGCUGAUAGGCAGUGUUACCCUCGGUUUCGGCGACGCCUGCUUCAACACCCAGGUCUACUCGCUGCUGGGCGUCAUGUUCGCCAACGAAAGCGCGCCGGCUUUCGCUCUCUUUAAAUUCUGCCAAUCUGUCGCGGCGGCCAUCAGCUUCUCGUACUCCACCAAGGCGGGACUGCAUAUACAGCUCGCGGUGCUACUCGUGACUAUAUUUCUCGGUACGGGGGCCUUCUGCUACGUCGAACACAAGGCCAAAAAGUCGAACAACGAUACCCCGCGGGAGACUGACCCGGCGUUGGUCGACGCCACGAGCGGCGAAGAUUGAUAAAGCUAGUUAGAUACAUUCGUUAAGUUGCAAAGACACACAGCGAAUUUCAGAUGCAAGUCAAGUGCGCGAAAGAUCUCGAGAGAUAACACCGAGGAACACGGAAAGCCGCGUUAAAAGUAAAGCGAACAACUCACGGUCGGCUCGAACGUUAACAUAAAUUAUUUUAGUGUAUUAAUGGUAAGAGAUAUCCUUGCAAAUUUUAAGUAUUACGUGAUGCAUGAAUCCUAUAAUUGGAGACUCUUUACAAUAUCUUUACAAUAUUUUAAAUAUAGUAAACGCCAUAGUUGAGGAUAUCAACUGUGAAGAAAUUGCGAAUUUUCGUAAUGAUCCUCAUUUUCUGAAAAUUCCAUGCUAUUGUAAGAAGUCUCUACAUUCAAGUCCAUGAGAAUAUCAUCGUACGAUCGAUAACGACAAAGAGGAUAUCCAGAAAUGUAUCAUGGUCUUCCAGUUUCUAAAUAUUUUUCAAUCUCCACUUUAUUUCGGGAUAACUAUGCUUUAGAUAGUCUCCCCUUUAAAGCGGUAUCUUUGUAUAUGCAAGUGUGCCAACAUGCAUCUAUAAAUGCAAUAAAUGUAUAUGCAUCUAUUUAUCGGCGUCAACGUUCUCAUUAUGCUGAAAAUGUUGCGACACUCACAGAGAGUCGAAAGACGCUGUUUUAAAGGCAUCGAUCUAAUCGGUUGCUUGAUAUUGUUAUCGGAAUGUAAGAAUUAUAAUGAGCUAAUCGAUAAUAAUUUAUAUCUUUUUCAUCCACAAACUCGAAGGCUGUGUAAGUGUUCUUUGCAUUCAUUACGAGCUCCUUUUUGUAAGUUUUAAUUACAUGUAACGUUAAUGAUUACGAGAUCAAGUUUGUUUUUAACAACGAUUGUUCGCACCAGUUUUGCAACGCACUGCGAUUUUGUGAUUAACUAGUCUGUAACAUGAGUCCGCCAGAAAAAGACUCGCGUUUAACUAGUCCGUAACGCAGUAUAUCGACUUUAUCGUUUGAUCGUAUGCGUGUGUAUGUGUGUGGGCGCACAACGGUACGUGACAUUUACAGCUCGAAACUCGAUUGAAUUGUCCGAGAUCAGACUUAAGGAUCUUGUUCCUUCGUUGAUCGACGCUGGCCUCAAGGGUCGCGGCGGACUAUAUAGAUUAACUGCGGCAUGCAUGCAGGAUGUAUUAAAAGUCGGACACUUUCCUCGCAAUUCCUAAAGCAUCUAGAGCAGGAAUCAAAAAACACAAGAGAAAUUAAUACAAAAUAAAAAAUCGAAUCUUGAAAUUGAAUUGAAAAUUGUAUUAAAUUGAAACCGUAAAACGACACGUGUUUCUUAUUAACAAAAUUUUAAGCUAAGAUCUCUUUUGUUAAGGUUUAAUCCUGCGACUUUUGAGACAUCCUUUAUGCAAUACCCACGCAUUCUACUCUUUUUUUUCAUAUUUUAUUCAAUCAUGGACGUGUUAGAUAUAUUUUAUGAUAGUGGAUAAAAAUGCAAAUAGAAAUAUCAAUGAUGAUCAACUAUUCUCUUGACAAUCAAAAUUCUAUUGAAGAUACUCUACUAAUGAAUAUGUAUACGAGACAUCGUGAUACUUUUAGAGAACGCAUUUCCUGCCUCCAUAAUUUUCGCAAAGAGAAAGGGGACUUCGUGUUGUAGUUCCUCUUACGCAUAUAUUACAGUCCACGUUACAUUCCAUAAUACAAAUGCGUGUGUUUGUACAGAAUAUUUUUUUUCUUCAUAUAAGAUUUGCUCCUUGGACAUGUACCUGACAGAGAAAGAUCACGAUCUAUUCUAAAAGCACGUAUAAUCCCGAUCACGGAUCAAUCAAGAAUGAUCAUUAUUGUUUUUAUUGUUAAAUAGUUUAUGAAUGAAAUUUUAUGAUAUGUAUUUUAUGAU